CGCCUGCGAUACGGCCGUUGCAUGUAUUGGCAAAGGGUGUCCCAAAGAGGUGUAUCGCAUCGACAUCGACAUCACCAUCAACGGUACCAUCAGGAACCAGACGACAGCGCGGAUAUCUAUCCUCGUCGACUUCAACACCGAUGGCAAGAGUAUCUUUGUCUCUCCCUACGUAUUCUCCAAACACACGAAGGAGAAUACAUACGUCUUCUAUUUCUGGACAUGGUACCAUCACACGUCCAGAGCCUGGUACAGGAAUCAAAGUCACAUUCAUGGAUCCCAAGGGAAAACUCCUCAAGACAGUCGAAGUGAACGAAGGUGACAACCUGCUUGAGAUCGCGCACGAGCACGACAUCGACCUGGAAGGUGCCUGCGAUUGUUCAAUAGCAUGUUCAACAUGCCACGUCAUCCUCCGACCCGAGGAUCACGACAAGCUCGAGGAGCCGAGUGAUGACGAGAAUGACAUGCUGGAUAUGGCGUUCGGGCUGACUGACACAAGCCGACUUGGUUGUCAGGUCAAGAUGAGGCGGGAUCUGGACGGACUAGUCGCUACUCUACCCAGCGCUACGAGGAAUAUGUUUGUGGAUGGCGCAAAACCGACCAAGCACUAGAUGGGCUA